UCACACAUAUUCGUCAUGGAAACUCAUUUCCUAGUUUUGUCUCUCGCCUUCUUCGUUUUCAUUGCUCUUAAACUUUUGUAUGGUAAACGAAAGAGCAAAUUUAACCUACCACCAAGUCCGGCUAGGCCACUACCGUUCAUUGGGCACCUUCACCUCCUAAAAAUGCCGCUUCACCGCACACUCCUCUCUCUCUCUCAGUCCCUAGGUGACGCCCCAAUCUUCUCCCUCCGCCCCGGAAACCGUCUCAUGGUUAUCGUCUCUUCCUACGCCAUCGCUGAAGAAUGCUUUACAAAAAACGACAUUGUUUUGGCCAAUAGGCCAGAGUUUAUUGUAAGGAAACAUAUUGAGUACAACUCCACCACUAUGACUAGUGCGCCUUAUGGUGACCACUGGCGAAACCUGCGCCGCAUCUGCACCCUUGAGAUCUUCUCGUCACAUAAGCUCAACGGCUUCUUAUCUGUCCGUCACGAUGAGACCCGACACUUGUUACUACGCCUCUCCAAAAACUCCCAACAUGGAUUUGCAAAGGUGGAGAUGAGAAAUUUGCUUUUUGAGUUGACUAUAAAUAACAUUUUUAGAAUGAUAGCCGGGAAACGAUUUUAUGGUGAGGGCACUGAGCAAGACGAGGUUGCUUCGCAAGUGAGAGACCUACUAGACGAGAUUAUGGCUAGUGCUGGCGCCGGGAAUGCAGCUGAUUACUUACCAAUCUUGGGAUGGAUCACAAAUUUUGAGAAACGCAUCAAGAAGUUAGCGAGUCGGCUUGAUAAGUUCUUACAGAGUCUUGUGGAUGAGAAACGUGCUGAUAAAGAAAAGGGUAACACUAUGAUUGAUCACUUGCUUUCUCUCCAAGAAACGCAACCUGAUUAUUACACAGACGUCAUUAUUAAAGGAAUCAUAGUUGUUAUGAUAUUCGCUGGAUCUGAGACAAUAGCAUGGACUUUAGAAUGGGCAAUGUUGAAUUUGUUGAACCAUCAAGAAAUAUUGGAGAAAGCUAGGACCGAAAUCGAUACGAAAGUCGGUUUUGACCGGUUAAUAGAUGAAUCGGAUACUACAAAUCUCCCUUACCUACAACGGAUUGUGUUGGAGACCUUACGGCUUUACCCGGUAGCUCCAACACUUGAUCCACAUAUGACCUCAGAGGAUUGCAUGUUGGCUGGAUACGACGUUCCGCGCGGUACGAUGUUAUUGGUGAACAUAUGGGCCAUGCAUAGAGACCCGUCCAUAUGGGAAGAUCCAGAAAUGUUCAAGCCAGAGAGGUUUGAAGAUGAAAAAGAAAAGCAAAAGUUGUUGGCGUUUGGGGUUGGACGACGAGCUUGUCCAGGGAUUGGCCUAGCGAAUCGGCUAGUGACCUUGGCUCUUGGAUCGAUGGUUCAGUGUUUUGAGUGGGAGAGAGUUGGAGAAGAAUAUGUUGAGAGUAGAGAAGAACCCAUGACCUUGAUGCGUCCGGAGACACCGUUACUAGCCAUGUGUAAAGCUCGCCCCAUUGUACACAAGGUUGUAGUUGGUUAGGGCAUUUUAGUGAAUGAAUUAUCUUAUGAUGUAUGAUAAGUUAAUUCACAUGUUAAUCAUCAAAAAUCAAAAUCGUCGCUUUUAUUAAUAAAAGAUGAAACAAAUUCUCCCAAAA